AUGGCGGCGCAGUGGCUUCGCCACGACAAAGAGGGCGAACCAGGGGCGGCAACGCGGCAACAAAGAAGGUGCAGCAGGAGAGUAGGGGCUAAAGAGGGGCCCGAGAAGCUUCAGAUGCUAUCGCGGGCGGACAUGUUACACUACGUGGAUGUGAGAGGCGCCUGGGAUUGGCAGGAGUGCGAGUGUUGCUUCGACCGUGCCGUGAGCUACCGCGCACAGCUCGCACUUCGCAUGGUGGGCCUGGCAGGAUUUCGUUCCCUCCUUCUGGCGCAUUUGCCUGACUCCAUCCCGCUCGUCCCUUUCAGUCAACCAGCCAGCGCCAUUGCUGAGUACUCUGCAGGAGUACACAUGAAGCCUCUGGAGUGUUCGCCACCUCAACCGGUCUUCAGCGUCAAGUGUGUGGUGGCGCCCAUGCGCUGUGCCGAGGCGAUGAUUGUCGAGUGGAUGGCUGAGCCGCGUGUGGGUGUGCUCAUGGACCUGGGGAGGAUCAGAUCCCGCCUGCCUGCCAUUUUGGCUGCUACAAAUACUGGUACAACUACAGGAGUGCCUCCUGCAACACCUGUUGCUUCUGCUGCUGCUAGUGAGACGUGGGCUACUCGCUGGGCUGCCUACCGCCGGGCUGUCAGCUUUGCUGCGUUCCUCAUGCUAGUAGCGCGGUGCCCGCGUGUUGUGAACCUAAGAACGGUGUCUUUGUCUACUCACUCCGCCGCUUAUCCGGCUAUCAUGCAGCUGGGGGCGACCAGACAGAUUGAAAACGACUGCUUUGUGUCCAUGCUGGUGCAGGUGCUGGGGGUGAAGGAGAGUGCUGAGCUGCAGGAAGGGUUUGGGUUCUUCGUGCAGCAUGUGCUGUCAGGCGGGCUGGAGAAGGCGCAUGGUGAGGGGAGGGGCGGAGCUGAGGGGGGGGCUGCUGAGAAUGCGCAGGGGGAGGAGGGACGGGCGAAUGGCGAGGUGAUGGAUAGGGGUGGGGGCAUGGAAAAGGAGGAGCAGCAGGGAGGUGACCUGGCAAGGUUGAUUGUGACGCAGGUUGAUACUGGUGGUGGGAAGGGCAGAGGGGACGAAGGGGAACCGGAGCAUUGCAGCGAGGCGAGCAGAGGGGAAGAGAUGCACAGCCGCGAGGAGAAUAAUGCAGCUGCUGGGGAGGGUGGUAGUGGGGGGAAGAAUGGGCAGUGGAGGGAGAAUUUGAAGGGGCGUGUGUGGGAGAGUGCCACGGAUUUUGCUCUUGCUUUGGCCGCGGAGCUGUCUAAGCCAGAGAAGUGUAUCGAGGCGGUUCUAUACGUGCUGGAUGGGAACAAUGCCAAUAAGGGCGAUGAAGCUGCUGCAAAGCUACCUGAUGAUCCCGAUGCGAGAUUCUUUCAGCUGGGUAUUGUGGAGGAGAGUUCAAUGGGAGUGGAGUGUGGUCAGAGGGUAACAGAACAAGAUUCAAAGUUUGGGAGGAAGCACGUUAGGGAGAAGGGGCGAAAAGCCAAGGCAUCUGGCAAAGGAAGUGACGUCAGAGGGGGUGAUACAAACAGAGGGUUUGGGGAAGACCAAGGAGGCAUUUCACAUGCGUCCGGCAUGACUGUUGCGCGGCCACCUCUGAGAGGAGAGGUGCCCAUGGUUGGAUGUGUGGAGGAUGCUGAGUUCAUUGUGGACGCCAUCAGCCUCGUUGCCAGCCCACUCGCAUGCGCCAAAUGCAUCCGAUGCUACCGCAGCUACACCUCCUUCAUCCCAUCCAUCGCUCUCGACGCCAAGUUUGCCUACCGCCCCCUCAGUGUCCUCGUCAACCGCUUUCUAUCCGUCUUCCCGCCGCACUCCGCUGGGUUCGACAAGCUUGUGAAGGCGAUGGGGUUGUCGCCAUUUCCCCCAGGCCCGCCUGCGCUGGCCAACCUGGCGAGGCUGCGCGGCGAGAUAGAGGCGGAGCGCCUUGGCUUUUUCAUGUUCGUCGCCCUCACGUGGCCCGCCUCCAUUCUGGAUAUGGAACACUUUGAGAGCAAACGGGCGGAGGAGGGGGACGGGAUUCGAGUGAAGAAGAGGGUGGGGAGGAAGAAAGGGAAGGCACGAGGGGAGGAGGAGGAGGAGGACGAUGGGGAGGUGUGGGAGGAGUUGCAGUCAUGGUGCUACACGGCAAAAGUAGCUUGGCCAUCUGCCAUGCGUCUUGCAUUGAGCAAUUCCAAUGUCGAGUCGGCUCGUUCAGGUCUCAGUGGUGUGUGCACGGGCAGUGAGGGGCGGCAGAAGAGGGCGCACGUGGACACGCGGAUGGCUAAUAUAGUCAACACAGGGGCGGCGAAGAGGAUCAGACAAAGGGUGCGGGACCGUGCUUGGGCUGCGUGGAGAAGCAGCACUAGCAACAGCAGUAGUGAUGCAGUCAUGUGGAUUGGUGCUGCUGCUGGUACUGGCAGCGCCAGCAACGGUAGUAGUGGCAGAGAAAGUGGUGAUGGUGCUGGCACUAGUGAUAUUGCUUGUGCUGGUGAUGGUGCUAGUGGUGUUGCUGGUGCUGGUGGUGGUGCUGGUGGUGGUGCUGGUGCUGGUGCUGGUGUUGAUGGUAGCAAGAGCACUAGGGGAAAGGGGAAGAAGCUGGAGCUGCCACCUUAUCAGAUUCCAUGGCCUGGGGGAGUCAAUCUCGUGGCAUGUCUGCGGGAGAUGCUGCUGGGGGAGCCAUGCUACCGCCACGCUUCCCCGGCUGCCGCUUCCGUCCCUCCUUCUGUUGCCAACACCACUGCGGCAGCACCAAAUACAACGGCCUCUGCCUCUUCCAUCCCUGCCGCUCCAACCAAUGUUGCUGCUCCGAGCACUGCUGUCUCCUCUACCCACCCACCUGUGCACACCGUUGCUACCACGUCAACCCAUGAUGCCUCGUCCACCCAUGUCACUCCAACCAACGGUGCUGCAACAGGCACUGCAGCUGCACCUGCACCCGUAGCAGAUGCAAAGGCCUUUGGUCCCGAUGCGUGCAGGGGAAGUAGGUGCGGUGCUGCGGGGUGUGCGAGUUUGGAAGGUGGUGGUGUGAAGCUGAGGAGCUGCGGUGGGUGUGGCAAGGUGGCGUAUUGCAGCAGAGACUGCCAAAAGGCGCACUGGCCCUCCCACAAGCUCACAUGCCCCGGCAGGACCAGCAGGAAGAGGAGUGCGAAUGUGAGUUGUGAAACAGUGGCAAGGUGA